CACCCGUUUAAAAGAGUUAGGUGUGAGUGUUUGAAAUGCUACUUUAUCUGCCCCUAUAAAAGCCCUCCUCGCUCCGAAAUUCUUGCGUCUCCCCGGACAAGGCAAAGCAGAUCUCUUUGAUUUGAGGUUGCUUUGAGCAGCUUUUCAAAUCAUGGCUACAGGACAACUAUUCUCGCGGAAUACACAAGCCUUAUUCUACAACUAUAAGCAGCUUCCCAUCCAACGCAUGCUUGAUUUUGACUUCAUUUGUGGAAGGGAAACACCUUCUGUUGCUGGAAUUAUUAACCCUGGUACAGAGGGAUUUCAGAAACUAUUUUUUGGUCAAGAAGAAAUUGCCAUACCAGUUCAUUCAAGCAUUGAAGCUGCUUGCAAUGCUCAUCCAACUGCUGAUGUUUUUAUCAACUUCGCAUCAUUUAGAAGUGCAGCUGCGUCCUCCAAGGCUGCUUUGAAGCAGCCAACCAUCAGAGUUAUAGCUAUAAUAGCUGAAGGUGUUCCAGAAGCAGAUACCAAGCAGUUGAUUGCAUAUGCACGGGCUAAUAAUAAGGUUGUGAUUGGUCCUGCUACAGUUGGAGGCAUUCAAGCUGGAGCUUUUAAAAUCGGUGACACUGCAGGCACAAUUGACAAUAUAAUUCAGUGCAAACUCUACAGGCCUGGAUCUGUUGGAUUUGUAUCCAAAUCUGGAGGAAUGUCAAAUGAACUGUACAACACAAUUGCACGUGUAACAGAUGGAAUAUACGAAGGAAUUGCAAUUGGGGGUGACGUGUUUCCGGGCUCAACUCUAUCUGAUCAUGUCCUACGUUUUAACAACAUUCCACAGGUUAAAAUGAUGGUUGUGCUUGGGGAACUUGGUGGACGAGAUGAGUACUCCCUAGUUGAAGCCCUAAAACAGGGAAAGGUGCAAAAACCUGUGGUUGCUUGGGUUAGUGGAACUUGUGCACGACUCUUCAAGUCAGAAGUGCAAUUUGGCCAUGCUGGAGCCAAGAGUGGUGGUGAGUUUGAGUCUGCACAAGCGAAAAAUCAAGCAUUGAAAGAAGCAGGAGCCGUUGUUCCCACUUCCUAUGAAGCACUAGAGAGUGCAAUUAAAGAGACCUUUGAGAAACUUGUUGAAGAAGAGAAGAUUACUCCUGUGCCCGAAGUCACGCCUCCUCCCAUCCCUGAGGAUCUUAACUCUGCAAUUAAAAGUGGGAAGGUCCGGGCUCCAACUCACAUCAUCUCCACCAUCUCCGACGACAGAGGAGAGGAACCGUGUUAUGCUGGUGUCCCAAUGUCUACUAUUGUUGAACGGGGUUUUGGCGUGGGUGAUGUUAUCUCUCUGCUUUGGUUCAAGCGUAGUCUCCCCCGCUACUGUACACAAUUUAUUGAGAUAUGCAUCAUGUUGUGUGCUGACCAUGGUCCCUGUGUCUCUGGUGCUCACAACACUAUAGUUACAGCAAGGGCCGGAAAGGAUCUAGUUUCCAGCCUUGUCUCAGGGUUGCUCACUAUCGGCCCCCGAUUUGGUGGGGCCAUUGAUGACGCUGCUCGAUAUUUUAAGGAUGCAUAUGACAGGGGUCUUAGUCCUUACGAAUUUGUGGAGGGUAUGAAAAAGAAGGGUAUCCGUGUGCCCGGUAUUGGACACAGGAUCAAGAGAGGAGACAACAGGGACAAGAGAGUAGAGCUGCUCCAGCAAUAUGCCCACACGCAUUUCCCAUCCGUCAAGUACAUGGAAUAUGCAGUUCAGGUCGAGACCUACACUCUAUCGAAGGCGAAUAACCUGGUCCUCAAUGUUGAUGGUGCGAUUGGGUCGCUUUUCUUGGAUCUCCUUGCUGGCAGUGGGAUGUUCAACAAGCAAGAGAUUGACGAGAUAGUCGAAAUUGGAUACCUAAACGGGCUCUUCGUCCUCGCACGGUCCAUUGGCCUGAUAGGGCAUACAUUUGACCAGAAGAGAUUGAAGCAGCCAUUGUAUCGUCACCCAUGGGAGGAUGUUCUUUAUACCAAGUGAUUGGUUGUGAAGCAGCAGCUACAAGAGAUUAUUCCUUCACCUUCUUUGCAUCUUCACCU